UUUCAAGAAACCCUUAAUGUGUGAUAUAGAAAAUUUUGUUGAUUAAACCUAGAGGAUGUUGAACUAUAUUUUUCAACGAAUCCAUAUACAGUCAACACUGAAAUCAAUGCAGUCUCAGUUCCGCAAUGUGUACAUGAACUGGCAUUGACGGGUUUACCAGUCUCAGACGUGCAGGCAGAGGGGGGCAUCCGAGUGUGCGGGUAGAGCUGUACAGUAAACAAUUUUGGUAAGCUUGCAAUGAUACACAGCAGAACUGCAUGCUAGUGCAGACGUCGCAUGCCGCAUGUGCACGCCUGUCAGUGGAGCCUGGGUGCACACAACCAUACAAGCUGGACCAGGAGGAAAACAAUCUCAAGCGCUUAUUUGGGCUCUCCUCGAGGGCGCGUGAUUACAUGAUGAGAGAGAGAAGAGAACUGCUGCUAUCAUGAACGAAUGUAAAACAUACCACAGAUUUUAGGCAGGCAUUGGUGAAUAAAUAAAAAAAAAAAACCAAGCAACUCGCCCUGCAAUGGAGAACCAGGCGGCGAUGGAGCAGCAGAGCUACGAGGACGUGCGGAAAAGCGGUUAUCUCCGCAAACAGAAAUCUAUGCACCGGCGCUUUUUCGUUCUCCGGGCUGCAUCGGAGCAGGGCCCGGCCAGACUCGAAUAUUAUGAAAACGAAAAGAAAUUCCGUAGCAAGUCACCAGUCCCAAAGAAAGCAGUGAACCUAGACUCUUGCUUCAACAUCAACAAACGGGCAGAUUCAAAGAACAAGCAUAUGAUAGUGCUGUAUACCCGCGGGGAGAGCUUUGCCAUAGCCGCGGACACUGAGGAGGUACAAAACGAAUGGUACCAGGCCAUGCUGGAUCUACAAUGUAAAUGUAAGACUCCUGAUGAGUGUGGCAGUGGAGGAGACUGUGGACUGCCUUCCCCUGGCCCUGCCUUUAAGGAGGUCUGGCAAGUUAAAGUCUGGCCAAAAGGUUUGGGCCAGGCCAGGAAUCUAGUUGGAAUCUACAGACUUUGCUUAACGGACAAAACAGUCAACUUUGUCAAACUCAAUUCUGAUGUUGCAGCUGUGGUCCUCCAGCUGAUGAAUGUGCGACGCUGUGGCCACUCAGAAAACUUCUUUUUCAUUGAAGUGGGUCGUUCUGCCAUGACAGGUCCUGGAGAAUUCUGGAUGCAGGUAGAGGAUUCAGUGGUGGCGCAGAACAUGCAUGAGACCCUUCUUGAGGCCAUGAAGGCUCUGAGUGAAGAGUUUCGUCAAAGAAGCAAAUCUCAGACUGUUGGUGUGAGCUGUGGAGGAGGAACUGCUUCUAACCCUAUUAGUGUACCUUCUAGACGACACCACCCAAAUCUACCACCUUCACAGGUUGGUUUUUCCAGACGUGCUAGAACGGAAACACCUGGAGCAUCAAACACCAACACAUCUCCAACUCCACGGCAUGGAUUCUCUAGGUCACGGACAGCCAGCAUUGGGGCUCGUACAGAGGAUGGAGGGGGCAGAGCAACGGCACUCAGCACAAGUCCCAGUCUCAAUGGUUCAUCCUGCUCAACUACCCCAACCCUGAGACCUAAACCCACACGAGCACCUACUCCAGCGAAAAUCACCCUCAGCCUAGCACGAUACACUCCUAACCCUGCACCUUCCCCAGCCCCCAGUCUCUCAUCCAGCUCUGGUCAUGGGUCAGAAUGUGGGUUAGGUGGAGCUGCCUUUGGAACAGUGCCCAUCUGCACUUAUGCUCGAAUUCCUCAGAGAGUGUCCAUGUCAGGAUCACCCAGUGAUUAUGGUUCCUCGGAUGAGUAUGGCUCCAGCCCUGGAGAGCACUCCCUGCUAGCCACAGGGUUCCCUGGUGCCCUUGUUGAAGGUGGAGCCAGCUAUAUCCUGAUGGGUCACAGAGAAGGAUCUCACAAACGUGUUCAUGGACGCAGAGUUCUUCGUCGUUCAUCUAGUCGCGAAUGUGAAGCUGACCGCAGGCUGCUCAGCAAGCGUGCUUCCUUACCCCCCACCUCUACCCAGGAGCGUUUGGUCCCACACCGCAGGGAGGAGGAAGAAGAGGAUGAAGAAGACUAUGCAGUGAUGUCACGCAGUGCAAGUAGAGAGUCUUUUACUUCACGCCGAGGCUCAGGGGGUUCAGCUACAACAUCAUUGGUGCAGGAAAACUCAGCAGAUAAAGGUGUCAGUACUAAAGGUGGGCCUGAAGACUCCUCAAUUGACAGUGGCUACAUGUCUAUGUUACCAGGUGUUACAGCUCCUCCUGCUUCAUUGUCACUAUCAGUUUCUGGUUCAGAUGUAGUGCCAAAGGGUGGAGAUGAAUACAUGGCCAUGACCCCCAAUAGUAGUGUCUCACCUCCUCAGCACAUCCGCCUACCCAUUAAUGAGGGCUACAUGAUGAUGUCUCCUAACAGUAGCUGUUCACCAGACUUACAUGGCCUGAGUGGAUGCAUUUGGGGCAGCAGGGGCAGCAUGGAGAGUCGGGCAGGCAGCGACUACAUGAACAUGUCACCUAUUAGUGCCAGGUCAGCUUGCAGUACUCCUCCAUCACACCCAGAGCAGCAACCACUGCAGCCAAAGAUGGUCUAUUCUUAUUUUUCGUUGCCACGUUCAUAUAAACACACUGCCCUCUCAACCCGUUUUGAAGAUGAUCUGGACAGGGUUUGUAUGGGUAGAGGUGAAGCUGGAGGAAAGGUUGUUUACCAUUGUGGAGGGGACACACCUGUGGGCUCAGGUGGUGGUGGACAACUCUCUCUGUCCUCAUCCUCUUUCUCCUCUAGUUCAGCUAGCAGUGAAAGCCUUGAAGACAGGUCGUUGUCUCUGUCUGUUGGUGGAGUGGGAAGAGCAACCAGACUAACCACAGGACACAGGGUAGGGGGAACUCACCCCAUAGUUUCAGCCCAACACCAUCACCAGCAGAAAUGUGGGCCAGGUUUUCAGAAACAGGGUCAUUUACAGCCAAGAAAGGACAAGUUGUCCAACUUUUUUGUGGAUAUGUCCAAAGCCAAUACGUUGCCGAGAGUCAGGGAGACUUUGCUCCCAACUGCAUCCCAGAGCCCUGGAGAGUAUGUGAGCAUUGUUUAUCAGGGUGAGCGAGGAGGACAUAAUAAGGUGAGGACUACAGCUGAGCCAGGAAACUCCAUGGCACAAGGACAUCAAAGAGCCUUUCACCGACCACAGCCAUGUCAAAGUGGAUCUGCCAACCUUCCCCGGAGCUUCUCAGCACCACUCUCCACCUCCAUUUCUUUAUCCUCUGAAUAUGUGAACAUGGACUUGGGUAACUCACCUUCUUCUCUCACUCCUCUGUCUUCUUUUAAACCCACCCCAAAAGUCAGAGAGGAGAUCAGCAGAGCUCCUCAAGUAAAACAAGAAAUGGAAAUGGGACUCAGGAAGAGCAGCGUGACAGGCUUGACAUCUACAGAUAUCACUGCUGCUCCUUUUACAGACUAUACUGAGAUGAAAUUUGGAUUGGAUGCAGAUAAAACAUCCAUGUCCCCUAAACCUGGCCAAACACCUCUGCCAUCCUCCAUGGAGCAGGAGCAUAACAUGAAUUAUCCUUCACCCAAAGCUUUUUCAAAUGUGGAUCAGGGUGCCCGUCUAGUGAGGGCAGAAUCAUCAGCAAGAAGGCGGCAUCGCUCUGAGACAUUCAUAGCAGCUCCAGCUCUCCCCCUCUCCCCCUCUGCUUCCCCUUCUCCUUUUUCUGAGACACCACAUUGUGGUCCACCACGACAGCAAGGAUUAGAGAGUAACCUUUGGUCUAAUAAUCAGCCACCCUCUCCACAGUGUGCCAGCCCUGGAGUGGCAACUCUUCCUGCUGCUCAGGCAUCUUCCUUAACCCUGGAGCAAGGCCUCAACUACAUUGAUUUAGACUUGGUCAGUAAGGAGAAUCAAACCAGUGUGGAUGGACCUUCUGGCCCUCACUCGUUUUUCUCUCCUGUAGUAGGAGGGUUGAGUGGGGGAUUGGGUGGAGCAGGAGGAAACACCACCUCCAGCAUCAACACAUAUGCCAGCAUUGAUUUCAUCAAAUCAGAUGAAUUAAGAGUUCAUCAGAGCAGCAGGAAGGACAGCAAAGAUUGUUAAUGUACUCCUGCAUUCAGUCCAGUCAGCACUUGUCCCUCCUGCGUGAAUGCGUUUGUCUGUGUGUGCACCUGAUGUGAUCUGAAAAAUGGUGCGAUUGCCCACAUCCCUCAGCAGUGGACAAUUAACUGCCCUUGCCUCAUAACAACAUUUACUCUCAUUAGUUGUCAUUGGUUCAAUCAAAAUAAAAUUUGUGCCAAAAGACUAAAGGUAAUUUCCGCCAGAGAUCACUGAAAUGGACGUGUCCUUCAACCACUUAAGAAGGGCCACUGCCAACCAGGAGCCAAUGAUAUUCCUUUUUUCCUCUACCACAAACUUUAAAUUAUCAUAAGAGAGAUGUUAAAUAGUAUGAACGAUAGAUGAAAAAUAUAUAUAGCAGACAUAGUAUUACUGAGAAUAAAUCUAUCUAUCUAUCUAUCUGUCUAUCUAUCUAUCUAUAUAUAUAUAUAAAUACAACGUUUUUUAUAAAAGUGCCUCAUUUUUGAUUGUAGCCAUUUUUACACAGGUCUCAAUGUGCUCUGUAAAAGAAAAUUGCUUUAGAUUUUUUUGUUUUGUUUUGUUUUGCUUUCCCGUUCCUUUGUGUUCGCUAUGCUGAACAAAGUCGAAAAACAGUUACAGUAUAAAAGAGUGAAGAAAAACUAUUCGAUAGAUGGAAGAGCUUUAUUUGCUAUGAAUUGUGUAUUCAGAUUGCCUUACUGUGCUGUAUUUGUGUAUGUGUAAGUUCGUGUGUAAUCAGUCAUCCAAGCCUCAGCCAUGCUGUGCCUCGGUUCACUAAAAAAGAUUUGGACUCACACACACAGAGAGAGAGAGAGAGAGAGAAAGAGACUGCAUAUGCUAUAACACUGUGUGAUUUAAACUUUAGUGAAUGCAUCUGCUCCUCAAGAUAAACAUUUAUAUCAUCCACUUUUUUCUUCUAUUAAUCUGAGCAUGGUGGCAUGGCUGGGAGCACAAAAUCUGAUGACUGAUAGGGGUCUGAUCAGUAAAACUGAAACUGCUAUUGUGACUGUGUGUGUGUGUGUGUGUGUAUGUAUGUGUGUGUCCAUGGCCUAUUGUCCUUAGUCAUAUAACCAGGAUAGUGUAUUAUUGUAGUAUUUCUCAUCCCCAGUUUACUACGAUCACACACACUCACAUUGAUAUCUCAAACUGUGCCUCUCUCAAAUGCAGCUCUGUUAUCAGCAGACUACUGCUAUAUAAAUUUAACACACACACACCAGACAGCAGAUAUCUAUCAAAUUUCUCUGUCUGACCUGUUGACGAUACUCUGACUGGAUUUUACACUCCUGCAACUUACCUUUUGCACACACACACACACACACUUAAUUUUCCCUGUAAUAGUGAAUGUGCUCCAGUUUCCUCUGCUUUUCAUUAUUUUGUUUUAUUUUGUUCAGUUACACAUGGAGCCGGGUCUUUUCAUACCAUCUGGGCAGUGGUGUCUGCCUUUACGUAGCAUGUUCUCCUUUUUAAAAGAUUUUA